UGUGGACAACACUGUGGCGGCAGGCCUAGCAGUCGACAACACUGAUCCCGAUUCCCACCCUAGUCAAAGCCUUUUAGUGUUGAACAUGAAUGAAACUAUGACGAUGAAUACUGAUAGUGUUACUGUGUACAGAAGUGAAAAGAAUUUUAAGAAAGACUUUAUUUUGGAUAAUAAUGGACAAAUACUUAUACACUGACGUUUAUUUCUUAUUUCCGGAUAGUAUUCCCAAACAAAUGAUUGACAUUGUGACAAUAUAAACAAAAAGAAACAAACCAAAUUCAUAAACUUAAAAAGAAAUACAAAUGGACUCAAGCAAACUGUUCAUAUGGCCGCCGUGAACAACAACAGGUGAGAAGAACUGUAGCCGCCUCCUGUAGCCUCCUCCUGUAGCCGCCUCCUGCAGCCGCCUCCUGUAGCCUCCUCCUCCCUACAGUGUGGUGAGACAAGCCUCGCCCUCUCCUGGAGUGUCGUCUGCCACUAAUUAUGGGCUGCGUACAAACAAUCAGAGGGUGAUCAGGAUGGCGACGAUCAGAUCACAGGACACACAGAUGACUUAUUGAACAGAUCAGAGUUGGUAAACAUGUGUAGAUAAAUGAUUCUACUGUGGAGUGUUAAGCUGGGAGGAAAGUUUGUCUUGGUGCAUUACUGAGGGCGGUGAUACGGGCCACACCACUCUGGCCACACGACUCUGGCCACACGACACUGGCCACACGACUUUGGCCACACGACUUUGGCCACGCCACACUGCUGAAAUACCUGGUAGGUCGAGUGUGACGAGGUGAACGGCGGAGAGGAGGAAGAGUCGACGUAGUUCUCAGAAUGAAAACAAAUGACGCAGUAGAUGGGAGAGAAAGAGUCCGAGGUAGACGAGGCUGUUAGCAUCGACAGCCUCCAGCAGAGUCUUAGCCUCGAGGAAGUCUUCAACGGGCACAACAAGAGCUCCUCGAGACGCCAUGACGGCCGGCCAUUCCUCCUCAGUGUCGAGGAGGCUCACCGCGGACGCCGAGUUACAGCGUUCGAGGAUGAGAGGAGCCACACUACCCGCCCGAGGACGCCCACGCCAGAGUCCGGACGGCAGAAGAAGGCGUGGACCAGGAGGAAAGGCUUCACUCUCUUUAACUUCCGGAGGUCGCGGCAGGAGGACCGGAGUAAAGAGACGCUGGGGAAUGGCAACGUGCCGCCCCUGACCAACACCACAACCACCCUUACUGACGUAGACAACGGCGAUAACAACCACGUGACCAACCUCGCUCUCUUCCACUGUGUCAACAACCCAGCCACCGCCGCCAAGAACAACGGGGACCUGGCCAGCCUCCGGUCCCUCAGUCCUGCCCCUGAACUGGUCCCUUUCCACGAUGAGGACCCCGCCGCCCCUAACGACCUCUCCUCUUUAUACUGUAUCCUCAACAACCGCAACAAGGGCGUCGGGGACUUCACCUCCAUUACCUUCGAGUCAGAGGAGCUCAGUGCCGCCGCUAACGUCCACCAGGCGUCGCGUCCCAACACACAGGAACACAUGGUUAAGCCGCAGCUGAUCCGCCCACUCACCCGCGACGGUGGGCGGCCGCCUACUGGAGAAGGGAAGGCCCUUUUUAUGACGUCCAAACACCUCCCCGCCCACAUCCUCCCGCCUCUCGCAGUAUGGGAGUCCUCGGUGGCCGGCGCCGUGGGGGACGUCACUAAUAACUUGGAGUCCUGGAUGACGAACCUUCCACCAUCACUAAAACGACUCCGACUCAACUACCUGUUUAUACCAGGUUCUCACGACUCGUUCAGCUACACCUUAACUCCUGAAGAAGAGGUGGGUCCUGACGCCCCUAACUUGGUGUCCCAUAUCAACUCUUGCGUCCCGUGUAUCGCCAGACCCUUAAUACUACGUUGGUCCGUCACACAGCGAGCCUCGUACUUCGACAUCCGCGUGGCUGUGAGAGGGUCGAGAUUCUACUUCGUUCACGGCCUCUACGGGGAGGACCUGACGUCCCUCUUAUCUGAGAUCCGUCAGUUCCUGGUGAAGCAUCCGGGCGAGGUGGUGCUCUUAGACUUCCAACACUUUCACGGACUGACAGCCAAUGAUCACCUCGUGCUCGUCACCUACAUCAAGGAGCUCUUCACCGACCUCAUCUGUCCUUACUUCCAUCAGCUGGAUCACCUCUCUCUGGCCUACCUCGCCCGCUUCAAGUACCAGGUGUUGGUGUUCUAUAGACACACGCAGACGAUGCAAAAUGUAUCUUGGCUGUGGUCUGGCGCCUCCCUGCCCAACCCCUGGCCAGACACCACCUCCAUCACCUCCCUGCUCGCCUUCCUCGAGGAUAAACUGCGUAGCCGAUCUCACAACACUUUCUUCGUCACCCAAUGUGUGUUGACGCCAACGGGAGGUUACCUGGCGAGGAACAUGUUAGGGCACCUGGAGAAGAGGAUGGCUGCCCCUAUUAACAAGAUGGUCCCGGAGUGGUUAGAGAGCCUCCCCAGCGGACUCCCGGGAGCUAACGUGAUCAUGACAGACUUCGUGGACCAUAACGACUGGGCGGUACCGAAAGCCGUGGUCAGCAAGAACACCGUCGCCCUCCUCUCGUCCCCUCAGAACUUAAAAUAUUGAUGGGUGUGUGUGGUAACCUUUCAUAUCCUCUGCUCGAUGUGUUCUAAAGUGCAGGAGUGCUUGAGACUAUGGCAGGUUUCAGGCCUUAUCCCAUGUGUUCUGAAGGACUGAAGGAGUGUUUCAGGUCCCAACUUAAAUGAUACUCAAACUGUUACAGCUUUCAGGUCCUAUGUUAUCUUUUCUGAAGUACUGAAGGAGUGUUUCAGAUCUCUCAGGUUAAGUAAAACAAAAUGAACUGUGGUUACCUAUCAAACAUUCAUACAAUUGGUUCUAUAUUUCAGGUAGUGCUUUAAUUAUGACUCAUACAUCUAAUAGGGAGUCAAUUACAGACAGACAGACUGACAUUAAGUGGAAGAGGAAGAUGGUUAUUUGACUGUCUCAUCUAGAAAUACACCAACAUAACAACUUGCAUCUUUACUGUACAGAUUUGCAUUAUAAAAUAGCCUGAAGAACCUUCCACAACCUGAAAUUAACAAAGUAAAUAGUAUUCUCUGGAUCUUAGUUACUGGGCCUGACAGAGUGAAGAAACAUCCUCAUUAAUGGAUUAAAUCAACCGUCAUACCUGCCUUCUUACACUCUCUCCUUUAGUGGAAUGUAAAGGAAAGGGAUUGAUAAAUAUUAAGUAAACUGUAAAUAUAUCAAAAUAAUUAGACCUUCAGAUGAUACAGCCAUUUGAAGAGUCGUGAUCACCUGCCUAGCACACCUAUAGUAUAUACCUCAUUAACCUGUGUGACAGCUUAAAAAAAAUAUUCAUUGUUAUAGAUUCUUUUAUUUUUUGUAAUUUUGUUUUUUUUACUCUAAAGUUUAUUGUAUUUUAGGAGAAUAUAUUUAUUUAAUGAGUUUUGUUUAGUAGUGUUAGGUGAUUAAAUAUUUGUUAGUGUUUUUGUCACUAGUCAUUAAGGUGUGUGACAGGAACGCUCUUUAAAUCUAGUCUUGUUACUUUUAUUGUUACCUGUUGAGUUUUGUUACGUCAUAAGCGUGUGCCAAUAACUUUUUCACCUGACCUAAUGGUACAAGAGGAUUGGUUAAGACAGAUGUAGAAUAUUUACGAUUUUAUUUAAGAAUAGCUGUAUAGUAUUUACUGAAGGGCUAUUGUUUGAUUAUGAUUUUAUUUAAGCUGUAGUGAUAAUAGUAAAAUUAUUUUGUUAGUUGAUUACAAUUUUAUUUAGGAAUUGUUGUAGUAUUUAUUGAAGGAACUGACUGAUUAUAUUUAAGAAUAGCUGUAUAGUAGUUAUUAAAGGACUAUUGUUAGAGUAUAUUAAAGAAUAGUAAUAAUAGUAAAAGACAGUUUCGAUUACUCACGAUUUUAUUAAAGAUAAGGUAGAAGGAAAUUGUCACCCUGAUUGGCAAUGUUAUUACUGUACUUGAAUUUUGAUAUUAGCGUUUGUUGGGAUAAAUUUCUGGUCAUAUUAAGUGUAAAUAUUUUUUGUUUUGAUUUACAAGGAAAAUAAUUGUUCGUAAAUGUUCGUAUGGUGAAUGUUAGUGUAAAUAUGUGUUGUAAAUGGUUUCUCUUGUGUGUUUGUUUGAUGUGCGUUGUUAAGCUUGUGUUUUGGGCUGUUGUGAGUAGAUAAGUGAAAUUACAGUAGUUUGUAUGUUUUUUAUAUGACUGUUUGUGUGUGUGUGUGUGUGUGUGUGUACAGAUGUUUGUAUUUGUGUGUACUUUUGAAGAGUGUAUGUGUGUUUUUAUCUGUGUAUGUAGAAAUGUUUGUAUUUAUGUGUACUUUUAGAGAGAGAGAGAGUGUGUGUGUGUGUGUGUGUACAUUCGACAUCUUGAUAAGGCUUAAGCGUUCGUUUCUUCAACAAUACUCUCUUGAAGAAAUUUCCACCAGCCAGGUCCCCCCAUCACCCAGUGCCUUAACAUACGAGGUAGCUCAUGUUAUUACCAACCUUCGUUUACACCUGUUUACCUCAGGAUUCCUUCACCUGCACAGCUUAUCUCCAGUGUCUUGCUGCCCUUCCCUGGGAUUAUUUUAAAGUCAUAUUCAGUACAAUGACCAUUUUAUGAUGUUUGUAGGGUAAUGUUAAUAAUAGAUGUUUGUUAUUUAUUGUUACUACCAUUUCUCACUUGUACGACACUUUUAAUCUCAGUUAAUGGUAAGAUGUACAGUGUUGGAAAAGUACCAAGAACAACAAUACAAAAACAUUUACAGCUAACUAUUUUUUCAACUGUAUAUUUAUAUUUUAGAGGACAUGAAGUAACCAAGUGUAACCAGAUAGCUAAAAUUAUACUCUUUGGAUAGUUUUUGUUAGAAUAGAUUUGGUCUGGUUGGUUUUUGUCAUCAGCUUUCAUAAAUAAACUAGGUUAGACUUUGCUCUUCUUGAUACUUAAUUAACAUUGUAUAUGAUGCCCGUAGCUGUGUGUAUAUCGCGUGUGUUACUGCCUCCAGGCGUUUAGUUCACUCUUCACCCGCUAGAGGCGCUGCUCAAUGUCAACAAGAAUACCCUUUCAAUAACACAUUCUAAGAACUUUAAGCUCAAAACAGGAAAGAAGAAUGUUAAUAUUUUUUAUUAUGUAGAGGUUUUAGAUAAUUUUAUGUCAGAUCUUAGAGUUAGAUGAUAAGAAAAGGGUAUAUUUUGGUUCAUAUAUGAACGCGAGGGAACUACGAACCUAUGAACUCUUGGAGGCUGUUUGUUAUCGACCACAUUUUGUCUUGAGUUCCUUGUUAGAUUUGAAGCUCUGACUGUGAUACCCCCUAUUAUGCCACGCACACUGUGAAGCCUUAGACUGGUUUCCUGCGUGGUUUCACUUGUAAAUAUGAUGCAUUAUGUGUCAAGGAUGGCGUUUAUGGACGACACCUAAACGUGACUUAACCUAACUUAACCAAGAGGUCUUAACUCAUUCCACUUGUGUAUUUCCUAACUUAGAAUACACGCUUAAAGAAGCUUAGUAAUACAUUAUAGCUAACUAACCUAACUUAAAAUACACUCUUGAAGACCUUAUCUGGAAUGAGUUAUAUGUUUAGUUUUAAUUGGUUCGUUCAUGAGUCGUUAAUUACGAUCAUAAAAAAACAUCUAAUUUUAACUUUAUUUUAUAUUUGAAUAUAUAUGAAUGAAUGUUAGUUAUACGUGUGUGUGUGUGUUAGUAUCAUGGCAUGCCAGUCAGGUGCUCAUCUGAUCUACACCAUUGUAACUGAUUGCUCACCUUAUCUCAGUGUGAUUUUUCGCCACUAAGAAUAUAUAAGUGAUUUUCGUGAUAAAUUUUUUGUUAUUUAUUAUUUACAUUAAUAAUGAAAGAAUAGGAGAGACUUGCUCACCUAAUACAGGGAUAAGAAAGAGUGAUUUUGUUGUUCUUAAUAAGGAAUGUGAACUCUUGCCUCUGUAACAGUGAGACAUAAGUGUGGCUCCUAAGCUCUACAUUACCCUCACUGCACCCGGAACUUAAACUAACCUAACCUUAGCGAAACCUGGAUAUGGGGUACCACCCUCUGUCUAUUUCACCUGAUGAUUAAACACUCUGAUUAACCUCACCUAACCUAAUCAAAUCAAACCUAACCAAAUCUAACUUAAGCUAACCUAACCUAAUCCCCAUCAGGUAUCGUUCGGGUGUUUAAUCGUCAGGUGAAAUAAGCUAGGGUGCCUAAUCAACAGGUGAGCCAUAAUGAAUAAUUCUUCAUUAUAUAGAUAUUGUUAAUACCCGUGUUAAAAGUGAAUAAAUUACACUGUUAUUCAUUCCUCAAAGUUUAUUAUACACAGCAUUAAAAGAUCUCAUUAUUGUUCUUUAAAUUAUAGGAAUUAUAACUAUGAAUAUAUUAUUGUACCUGUGAAUGAUGCAGUUUUAUCGUCACAAGAGACAAACUCACAGACCUAAAUCAAAAUAAAGUCGAUGGGAUAAAUUAUAGAGGUUGUCUUAUUUUUUGGUAAAUAUUUGUCCACGUUUUACAACACUAUCAAAUAAAUUGUCUUGAUCUACAGUA